AUGUACGUAGCAUACGCUAUAAGUAAGCCAGUAGCAUCUCCGACAUUCAUAUCAAACAGUGACAGCAGAGAUCAAGUAGAGACACAGUUCAGCGCCUGCACAGAACAACAGAAAAUCAUGAGCUCCGCCAAAGUGACCGUCUUGUUCCUGAUCGCCAUCAGCAUCGCAUGUUCCUUUGCAAGUAACAAAAGAGAUGAUAGAUCAGCAUCCACAUCUACAUCAACGUCCUCGUCUACAGAGUCAGUAGGUCGUAGAUCAGCAUCAACAUCAACAUCAACAUCAACAUCAACAUCAACAUCAUCGUCUUCAUCUUCGUCUUCUGAAGGUUCUGGUGACCCUGGGCUACAAGGACUAAUUGAAGGCUUCGCCCAAGAAUGCGUAGGAGAUGCCUGUGUCCCCUUGGACGGUGUAGCAGUCGAGGUCGAUCCUCCUGUUAUCGAUGCUGGCGAGCCUGCUCAGUAACCUUACUGAAUGUUUGAAGCAUGGUCCUUUUGAACACCCGGUACUUCAGUCUGGUGUUACCGGUGAACUAUUACACUGUUCAAGAGCGUGACCACGUUUGAGUUGGGACAACAUGAGUGUGUAUCAUGGUCCAAGAAUAAAG